CCACCAUCAGCACUGUUACAGAAAGAGGAAAGCUCGAGCUCCCGCCCCCGGCUUCUCCCCCGAUCUUCUUCUACCAUCAGCAAGUGUGCAUUCCCGUGCGAGUGACACCCGAAGGUCGACGAAUGUGUCGCUUCCCCUGCUGAAUCCGAGCUUCUCUGUUAGCCAUCGUCCACCGUAAGCUUUAUCUCGUCUUCACUCCCAUCGACUCUUCUUUCGCCAGCUCCAUAACGACAAUGGCGAGGUGUUCGUCCGUCUCCCGCAAGGUCUACGGGGCCGUUCUGGUGCUCAUGUUUCUCGUGUCUCUGAUUGAGUCUGCGAAUUGUGACAGCUCCGAGAGCAUGCCAGCCGUCGAGAAAAUGAGCGCGAGCGCGAGCGUUCGGACCGAAGCUCUCGCUGAGGCGAAGAACUCGCAGCUGCAGGCCACGGAGAUUGCGGGCGUCAAGACCGUCGCACGGAGGGGUUCCCCGGGGAGGACAAAUGGGGUGUCCAGAGCCUGUGCGAGCAUGCCCACGCUGGUGACAGCAGCCGUCGUGAUGGUUGUCGUGAAUUUGGCCGCAGCGCUGUCUUAAGUGCUGUGGACUUGGCUGCGGCUGCUGCUGGUUCUCGAAAGAAUGCCAGGAUUUCUUGAUUGAUGCUCGCUUGCAGCUGCCAGCUAUCCGGCGGCCGAUGCUAGUAAUUUGAGGUUUCCUCCCUUCACAUGAUCGCCCUUGGGUCAUGUCCGUCAGAACCUUCGAGUCACGGGCGAGUUCUCUUGAGUUUCUAGAAAUCAUGAAUCUCCGAGUGACAUUCUCACACACGCAAGCGAACGCUUAUCGUAUCCAGCAUUGUCGAGGCAACGCGCAAAGCAGAAUAGCCCAACAGGGAUGGAUGUAGGGAGCUGCGCAGGUUAGAGCAACUUCCUCGGUUAUGUUAUGAACUUCCGUAGUUUCGUAGUUCUCGUGACAUACCAUUGCCUUUAGGCGGCCGGGAGGUCCCGAGCUGAGAUUCUCUCUGGCUGGAGGAAAAACCUCUGGAAUUCAAUUUGUGACAUGAUAGGAGCGGCUCAUAGGUGCAGCAGAACGGGUGGAACUCGUGUUGUAGUUAUAUUUCGAUGUUUCCGUAUCUCUGGGAGUGCAGACCAACUCCUCACACGAAGCAUGUAAGCAAACUGUGGACAGAUCUCACUUUUUGCGUAAUCCGUAUCUCCAUCUUCUGUAUCAACAUUGUCUGUCUGUACAUUUCAUUUCACUAUCUUCACAUCGUAGCGGAGGAUGCUGAAUGUAUGUCCUUGUGCUCUAGAGUUCAUCGUGAAGGCGCCACUGACACCUCGAAAUUACUUCAUUCCCUUCACUCUUGCCACUCUCAGACAGAUACGCAAUGUGGUUAUACCCAUUGUCGGAGCUCAUUCCUGUUUCGAUUCGAGCCUACCAGCAUUUAGUGCACUGAGGCCACAGCAGGUCGAUGUACCGAGAAUGGCAAUUCCUGACGGGUAUUAGUCAGUAGGACACGGCAAGAUCUAUUCUUCUUGGUUUGGUUCUUUCAAUUCUUCUUGUUCAUGUGCUAGUGACUGUUGAGUGGUGAUGGCUGUGGGGAAGGUCUAGGGCGGAAGUGGAUUGUAGGUCUGUGAGCCGUCGGUAUCACGUAUGUCUAGGCUUCUUGAUACUGCUUGCCGCUGCUGCUACGAGGCGGGGCCGGGACACGUUUGCUCCGUGUUACACUCGUGGAUCAAAUUAAUGCCGUGAAAGUCUCGCUCGACGACUGUCGGCAGCAGCUUGCGCAGUGUCGUCGAGGAAUUCUGUCUAAGAAUGGUUGAAAAAGUUGUAUUUAGAUGUGGCUAGUUGGAAUGGUCGGCAGACCAAUUGGCAGCCUUGUGUCUCACUCGUCCGAUGGUAGAAUGACAGGGUUUAAGGUUGGGAUCCCAACUCGGCUUACAUGUUUGUCGUCUGAAUGCUUCCAUACUCUCCCUUCGACCUGAACCGAACCGGAAGCACAUGCUGCUGCCCCAAGUG